UGGUGUGCUGUGAGGAGACCUGUCCCUUCCCGCCCGGCCAGGGCCGUGGCCGGUGCUGCCUCCCGGCCUUCGAGGCACAGAGCUGGCCAGUGCUGUGGCCCGUUCUGCUGUCAGACCUGGUUCGGAGUUAUCCUAUCUGUGGGUCAUGAGUUCUAAAGUUGCUUACAGAGGCUUGUGUGACAUGGCCUCACUGAGGAGGCGAGGUUACAGUCACCCUGGUCCUCGCUGAUUUGGAAGAGAGCCGAGGAAACGGUUCACGUCGUUCAUUCUCAGUCAGAGAUGAAAGACUCCACAAAGCGUUACCAGGAUCAGGUUUGAAAGGAUAGUUUUUAAACCUUGAUUUCAGUAAUUACUAGGCUAAGAAUUUGAUUUUGUUGUUGACACGGUAUAAGUUAUAAGUCUCUUCCUUUGAAGGUUUAGUCCAAUAACUUCAUGUGCUAAAGACAAAGGUAUUGACUUGGAUAUUGAUGGAAAUGAAGAGAAACCUAAAUGAAAAUUCAACCCGAAGUACAGCAGGCUGCUUGCCUGUACCUUUGUUCAAUCAGAAAAAGAGGACUAGACAGCCAUUAACUUCCAAUCCACUUAAAAAUGAUCCCGGUAUCAGUACUACUUCCGACAGUUAUGAUUUCCCUCCUCUACCAACAGAUUGGGCCUGGGAAGCAAUGAAUCCAGAGUUGCCCCCUUUAACGAAAACAAUCAACACAGGGCAAAUACCACAUUCAGUUUCUCAUCCCUUGAGAAGUCAAGAUUCUGUGUCUAAGUCUAUUGAACCAAACACUGAAAGGAGCAAGAGUGGUUGGAGCUACAGAGAUGGCAACAAAAAUACCAGCUUCAAAACUUGGGAGAGAAGUGAUUUUAGGCCUCAAUGCAAAAGAACCAACCUAGCGGCAAAUGAUGGAAUAAAUUUUUCUCCAGUGAGUUUGGGAGUGCAACAACAGAAACAGCUAAGAGUAUCUCAGCCUCCUAACUUACCUCACCAAGGAGAAUGUGAAGUACUCGGACAAGCACACUCUUCAAAAACACCUGGCUCCACAAUGAGAGGCCUAGGAAAAAACAGUACAGUACAGGCAUUUAAGCCCAGUAUGCAACAAAAUCAAUUCAAGACAAAAACAUUAGGAGAUAUUCCAGAAGAAAACGCUCUCAAGGAUGCCUCACUGUAUGAGUUAAAGCUUAAGGAAAAAGAUAAUUCUUUAAGAAUUGUAUCAGCAGUUAUUGAAAGCAUGAAGUACUGGCGUGAACAUGCCCCCAAAACUGUACUUCUUUUUGAAAUAUUGGGUGUUCUGGAUUCAGCUGUUACACCUGGACCAUAUUAUUCAAAGACUUUUCUUAUGAGAGAUGGGAAAAAUACUUUACCUUGUGUAUUUUAUGAAAUAGUGAGUAUUUGUCUAAGUAUUCUUUGCAAAGCCUAUGCCAACAAAACAUACAAAUGUAGACUGUAAUUCCAUUGUAGUAGAAAUGAUGUUAACACUUUAGUUGUACUUUCAACAUUUUGUUUGGUUUUAGUUAUGAUUGUAAAAUUAUCUGUUUAACUAAUGUGGAGAGGCUACUAUGUGCCUGGCCCUGUGCUAGAUGCAAAAGAUACAAAUUGGAAUAUGAAUGGUAAAUGGCUCUUUCGAAGAGAUGGUAAUCUCAGUAAAAGACGGUUAUAUAAAUGUUGCAUUGUGGUAUGAUAAAUGGUAUGCUAGAGAUAUGUGCAGGGUGCUAUAAAAGUGGAUGGGAAGAUCAGGAAAUGAUUAAAAGAAUGUAGUAACCUUAUUUUAUAUAUUUAAGGACUAAAUAACCAAAGUGUGUUUGGGAAAAGGAGAGGUAGGGAGGAAAGCACGCUAAAUUGAGAGAGCAGCAUAUUCAAAGACAAGAAGCUAAGAGAGAGCCUGGAUUGUAUAGGAAAUUGCAAGUAGUUUAUAGUUAUCAGAGUGUAGAGUUCGUAAGU